UUCUCUUUCUUUGUUUCUUUGUCUUCGUCUCCACUUUCUCUCUUCUCUGCUUCUCUCUUUCCCUCUCUGCUUCUGCUUCUGUCUCUCUGCUUGUCUGUCUCUGUCGCUGGCUCUGCUUCUCCUUUUCUCUGUAUUUCUUUCUCCCUGUUUCUGGUCUCCACUUUCUCCUUUCCGCUCAGCUUCUCUUUCCUUCUCGGCUUCUGCCUCCCUGUCUCUGUCUCGGUCUCUCUCCAAGCUGCUGACAGUGCCUUGGCGUACAACUGCCCUCCAGUUGCUGCUAAGCCCAGCGCUGUUUUAAGUUUAACUCGCUGGGGCGCUUUAGGUAGCAGGGGUAGGAGGGAGACAUGCGGAUUUGCAGUUUAGAAGGGGAGUCGGAACACCGGUUUCUUUUUUUCCCUCUCAGACUUUGAAGUCUCCCUCCAGCAGCUGAGUGCCUUUUGUUCCCCCAUUUUCCUCUCUGGCUGCCGAGAGUGUCUCUCCUAGUGGGUGUGUUAGCCUCCGUGUGCGUACUCAUUAACUGAGUGACCGGUAGGAAUGUGAGGGGAGAGGGAAAUAGGCGGGCCAACCAGGAGGUGUGGGAAUAGAAAACAGAGACCGUCAGCUUGGAGUUCCUUUCCAAAUUGGAAAAAAAGCAAGUCUGCUGAAAGUCGUGAAAUCUGGUAUCCUCUUCAUGGUCCCUCCUUAGCCUUGGAAACAAAAAUGAAUUCUUUGGAGUAUGAGACGCCUAAGAGGUAUUGUAUAAGAAAAAAGCAUGUGGCCAUUAUCUGUGCGGUCGUGGUUGCUGUGGGACUAAUAGUAGGACUUUCAGUGGGACUGACCAGAUCUUGUAACACUUCUGAGGACUCUGGACAAACUCCUACCGUCCCAGGCUCUACAACUCCUGGAACUCCUGGACCUUCAGCUCUUCCUCCACCCCAGGACAGUCCCUGCCCGGCCAGUGCUGACGAAAGCGGCCAGUGGACAAGUUUCCGACUGCCCACAUACAUCAACCCUGUACACUAUGACCUGGAGGUGAAGCCUCUGAUGGAAGAAGAUACUUACACGGGCACAGUCACCAUCCACAUCAAUGUGACAGAACCGACCAAACACCUGUGGUUGCAUCUCCGAGAGACAUGGAUCACCAAGCCAUCUCCAGUGCUAAAGAAAUCCUCUGGGGAGGAGAUCCCAUUGAAGAAGUGCUUUGAGUACAAGAAGCAGGAGUAUGUGGUGAUUGAGGCUGAGGAAGAACUGCCUCCAACGGAUGGAGGAAGCACCUAUCACCUGACCAUGAACUUCCAAGGCUGGCUGAAUGGUUCCCUUGUUGGGUUUUAUCGGACUACCUACACAGAAAAUGGAAUAACCAAGAGCAUAGCAGCUACAGACCAUGAACCAACAGAUGCACGGAAAACAUUUCCUUGUUUUGAUGAGCCCAACAAAAAGGCAACUUACACAAUAUCUAUCGUCCAUCCAAAAGAAUAUAGUGCACUUUCAAAUAUGCCAGUACAGAGAAUGGAGGAUUUGGAUGACAAAUGGAACAGAACAGUUUUCAUAAAGUCGGUUCCAAUGAGCACUUACCUGGUGUGCUUUGCUGUUCAUCAGUUUGACUAUGUGGAGAAAUUUUCAGAUAAAGGAAUUCCUCUCAGAAUAUAUGUCCAGCCACUUCAAAAACAUACUGCUGAGUAUGCUGCAAAUAUCACCAAAACAGUAUUUGACUAUUUUGAAAAGUAUUUUGCAAUGGAUUAUGCCCUUCCAAAAUUAGAUAAAAUAGCCAUUCCAGAUUUUGGCACGGGUGCUAUGGAAAACUGGGGUCUUAUCACAUACAGAGAAACCAAUUUACUUUAUGAUCCCGAAGAAUCGGCCUCUUCAAAUAAACAGAGGGUGGCUACUGUGGUUGCCCAUGAACUUGUUCAUCAGUGGUUUGGCAAUAUUGUGACUAUGGAUUGGUGGGAAGACUUGUGGCUAAAUGAAGGUUUUGCUUCUUUCUUUGAGUUCCUGGGAGUAAAUGAAGCAGAAAAGAACUGGCAAAUGCGCAACCAGAUGUUACUUGAAGAUGUUUUGCCAGUGCAAGAAGAAGACUCUUUGAUGUCUUCUCACCCCAUUGUUGUAACUGUGACAACCCCUGAUGAAAUAACAUCUGUAUUUGAUGGAAUAUCCUAUAGUAAGGGAGCAUCCAUUCUUAGAAUGCUUGAAGACUGGAUAACACCACAGAACUUUCAACUUGGAUGUCAACGCUACUUGGAGAACUAUAAGUUCAAAAAUGCAAAAACAGAUGAUUUUUGGGAGGCACUGAAACAGGCAAGUGGCAAACCAGUGAAAGAAGUAAUGGACACAUGGACUAGACAGAUGGGGUAUCCUGUGCUGAGUGUACAAGCAAAUAGUCUCCUGAAACAGGCUCGUUUUCUGUUGGACCCCAAUGCAGAUCCUUCACAGCCACCUUCUGAACUUGGUUACACAUGGAACAUUCCAGUUAGAUGGACUGAAGGGAAUGAGAUGAAUAUUACAUUCUACAAUAGGACGGAGAAGGAAGGAAUCAUUUUGAACUCUACUGGUUCUAGUGGAAAUAUUUUUCAGAAAAUAAACCCAGAUCAUAUUGGAUUUUAUCGUGUAAAUUACCAAGAGUCAGCUUGGGAAUCGAUAGCUAAUGAUCUUCUCAACAACCACACGAUAUUUUCUUCUGGUGAUCGGGCAAGUUUUUUUGAUGAUGCCUUUGCUCUGUCAAGGGCCAAUCUUCUGAAUUACCACUUUCCUCUGAACCUGACCUUGUAUCUGAAAAGUGAAAACGAUUACUUAACGUGGCAGAGAGUCAUAUCAGCAUUAUCCUAUAUGACCAGCAUGCUUGAAGAUGAUAGAGAAUUGUACCCUAUGCUUAAGGAAUAUCUUCAAGGUCGGGUGAAGCCUGUGGCAGAUGCUCUGGGGUGGAAAGAUGAAGGAGAACAUCUUGAAAAAUUACUUCGUGCCUCAGUCCUAGGGCUGGCAUGCAAGAUGGGAGAUCCAGAUGCACUGAACAAUGCAUCAGAAUUAUUUAAGAAGUGGCAAAACGGAGAUAGGCAACCUGUGAAUCUCCGACUUCUGGUGUAUCGAUAUGGAAUGCAAUUCUCGGGUGAUGAAGCUUCAUGGAACUACACACUCCAGAAGUACCAGAAUACCACUCUAGCUCAAGAAAAAGAAAAAUUACUUUAUGGAUUAGCAUCUGUCAACAACAUUACUCUUUUAUCAAGGUAUCUGGAGCUUCUCAAGGACUCCAAUUUCAUUAAAUCCCAGGAUGUGUUUACUGUUAUCCGAUACAUUUCGUAUAAUAGCUAUGGCAAGUACAUGGCCUGGGACUGGAUAAGAUUCAACUGGGAAUAUUUAGUCAACAGGUUUACUCUCAAUGAUAGAAACCUUGGCCGAAUUGUGACAAUAGCAGAGCCAUUCAAUACAGAGUUCCAGCUCUGGCAGAUAGAGAUGUUUUUUAAGAAAUAUCCUGAAGCUGGAGCAGGAGCAGCUUCUCGACAGAAAGUUCUGGAAACAGUGAAGAAUAACAUCAAAUGGUUGAAACUUCAUAGAGAGGAAAUCAAAGAUUGGCUGCUUUAUGCCAUCUCCAGAAAUGACUAAAGAAUCUCAAACAUCAUAUUUUAAUUUUAUGAAUUCAUUUUUCCUUCCCCAACGCGCCUCUAAGGGAGGCUGAUUUCAGAAGCACUGUGGAGAUAGUCUAGAGGCACCAAUACUGCUGCUUGCUAGAAGGUUUUGUGUGUGUUUGGGCCUCUUUUGCAAAGCUUUUUAAAAAAUCCCCUUUUGUUUAUGAAGGAAGAUACUAGCAGAGUAUUGAAUAAACUCAGGGAUUCCUUCUGAGUGUACUUUAUAGGAGAUCCUUUACACACUGAAGAGAAUUUAAUAGUCAUUUAAUGUCUUUAAGUAUCAUUCUUUACAUCUUAAACCUGUGGGGGGAAAAAGGAACAUUUUAGUCUUAGCUUUUACAUUCUUAGGACCAAAGAAACACCACUUAAUCUUCUCUCCUGAUUGAUUUUUAAAGUUUAAAUACCGGCACUUGAGGGACCAAUAUCACCAUCUUAAUCUUUAUUUUAUUAUUCAGAAUCCUACAGACCUAAUUUCAUUUUAUUCACAUUUGUCUUACUACUUUAAAUCCUGUCAAAGUAACUAGAGCUUAAGUUGGACUCAACGAGUGCAUGAAUUAGCCAGAGCUGUAAGUCGACAGUUACCUUUAUUUUCCACAAAAUCAACAAGAGAACUCUACUUUCCUUUUUUAAAUAAAGAUGAAAAUUUGCCUCCAAAAA